UCCCCCUGUGCUGGCCAUUCUGCAGGGCCAGACCCCUGAGCCACACAUACACAAAGACAGGCAGACAUUGUAGUUCUUGUGGACGUAAAACAAGCUACAUCUUACUGAAAUGGAGAUCUCGAGUUUCCAGCAUCCUAUCUCCUACACUGGAGAAGAGAAGUAUGAGAUGCUGGAGUUGAACAGGAGGCUGGAGUCAUACCUGAACCAUGUGAAGUUACUGGAAGAGGACAAUCAGCUUCUUUGGGGGGAAAUCCAAGCCAUGAGGAGAAACCAAGACAGUGGAGGCCAAAGGAAGGCUCAGGAGGAGGCACUCAGUCUGGCCAGAAAAGAGCUGCAGAAUGCCUGGAGAGAGAAGGAUCGUGUGGAGCUAGACGUCAGCAACCUGCUGGAGGAGAUUGAGGAGCUGAACAUACUGAGACAGAAAGAGAAGACUGCACAGGUUGAAGCUAAGAGAAAACUUGACGAAAGCAGGAAGGUACUGGAGGAUGAGAGGAGGAUGCAGAUCUGGCUGAAAGAACAAGCUGCUCAUCUUGAGAAAGAGGUCUCUCUGCAGGUGCACGUCCAUCAGGAAGACCUGGCAGCCCUGAAGUCCUCAUGUGCCUUCUCAAAACCAGUGCUAAUGGCUCCUCAGCACAGCCAGACUCUCAACCUCCAGGGCCUGGGCAAAGAGUACUCACAGAGAGCAGCACAGGCCUGGCAUGAAGCAGCAGACGUGUACCAGACACAGAUGAAGAAGCUAGAGGAGAGCCUGGACCAAACCAGGGCUCACAUGACAGUGCUCAAACAAGAGAAGAAGGAGAGUCAGCUACAGAUACAAGAUUUAGCCAAAGAACUGGAAAGUGCAAACGUCAAGAGAGAACUGAUGGAGAAGAACAUGGUACAGCAGAGACAGAGGCAGAAUCAAGACCUUCAACAUCUUCAGGCUCAUGUGGAGGCCCUGGAGGCAGAGAAGCUGGAUCUUGGAGAGCAGAUGGGUGAGCUGUUGGUAGAGAGUCGCAAUCUGCUACAGAUGAAGAUGUCUCUGAGCCUCGAGGUGGCUACAUACAGAGCUUUGCUGGACAGUGAAAGCCUGAGAGUUAACAACCAAUCAGCAAGUAAGAGGAACAGGACAGUCUCACUUUUAGAAGGAAAUACCAAGUCCCCUGGGAUUUCUCCAAGCACUCAGGCCAUCUCUUCCAGGCUGUUCAGCAGUCCGUUGAAUACAACCUCCAGAUCAAUCACCCAUAAAGCAAACCUCAUGACUCCUACAUGGAACCUGACACUAAGAACUCCACAGGAGACACUCAAGAGACCUCAGACAACUAAGGAAGAGGAAGUCAUCGUAAGGGUAGAGAAGCAAAAACUAGAUAUGUCUACAACUAUAUCAGAAAAGCAUCUUACUGGAUCAAGCUCUGAUGAUCAUUAUAGAACUGAGGAGGAAGCAAGCUCUACUGCUUCUGUCUCUGCCUCUGAAGGCCCUAAAGCUGUAGAUGAGCCUGGGUCCAUACUCACUAGAAAUGUUAAAGAAGAUUUGCAGGACGUCCUUAAGGCAGAACCUGGGCCGGUUUUAUUUAGCGCCAAUGAAACAGCAAUGAUUACCUCUCCAGCUGGACAUCCCCAAACUCCAGAGAGUGUGUCCUCUAGUCAGCAUAUUGAGGAAUCAAAGAGUUCAGAGGAUGGAGAUGAAGAGGAGACUGAGGUGUCUACUGAAAUGGCUCAAAUAUCACAUGCUCCUGUGUCUGCCUGGGAGGAAAAUGAAACAGUGAUACCAGAAGAGAGAGAUGUAGUCUCUGAGCUAGAGUUGGAGUCAGAGGACAACACAGCUGAUAACAACGCACAAGAAUUUAGAAUAGAUGCUGAUUAUGCAGAAUUACAGCUGCUUGGUGAAAACUCUAACAAACCUGCUUCACAUUUGUCUGCAGAUACAUUUAGUCCAGUUGAGGAUGACAGUGAAAUUCUAACAUGGGCAGAUGUAAAGGAAGAUGUUAUACAUUUUGUUGAAGAAGAAUCACUGAAGAGUGCGCCAGAAGUAGAGAGAAAUUCAGGGGAAGGAAAUGAAGAAGUGGAAGAAAAAAUGGAAAUAGAACAAGCUGAAUGGCCUGGUAUUGAAGUGCUAGAAGGUCAAGAGUUUGAUAUUAAAGUGCAAGAAGAGGAGAAUGAAACUGAACAAGAGAAAAAAAUGGAGCAGAUUAAAGAAGAGGAAUUGACUAACGGUGAAGAGGAAAGGGUGAUAGAGGAAGAGAUUGGAGAAAACUUUGGUGAACAAAAAGCAGCGUUAAUGAUGCAUACAUAUGAAAAAGGUAAUUUAGUAGGUGAAAAAGCUGAGUUAGUGAUGGAUACAUAUGAAAAAGAUAAUCCGGUAGGUGAAAAAGCUAAGGCAGUGAUGGAUACAUUCAACAAAGAUCAGUUAGUUGAACAUAAUGCAGAAAAAGAGCAGGGUCAAAGUGAUGAAGAUGAAUCAUUAAACAUCUCUGCAUCAUGGAGAACUGAUCCUGGUGAAGCAGACAGCUAUGCUCAGGAGAACACAAUAGCAGACACUCGUCCCCUCAUACACUACAAGAGUGAUGAAGAGACAGAUGCCAACAUCCCAAUCUCUCAUCUGGGUGUGAGUGAACCUACUGGCAGUGAAGAUGAGAGGGAGAAACAUGAGGGGGACAGCCACUGGAGCCAGAUAAUCGCCAAACGCUUUGACACCAUGGAGGAUCUAUCUGAGGAGCCAGAGCUAGGCAGCAUGGACGACAUAGUCACAGAUGGAUCAGUUCAAUCUGUGUUAAGAGAGAGCAUGGAUGAGGAGUCUGCUGUUCAAAAUGAAAGUUGUGACGUGGACAGCCAUGUCAAGACACUAAUGGAUGAUGCUUUGGAAGAUCAAUCAGAAAGUGACCUUAGGAACAAUAGUAAUGAGAACAGUCAGGGUGAGGAGGAGACAAAGAUUGAGAUCUACCAUCUGUCAACAUUCCUGGCUGAGAAACAGGACGAGAGCUCACAGUUACAUGACUGGAGUGCAAGUUUGUACAAUGAAACCAGGGAGAUGAAUGAGCAGCAGACUCUUCUGACCACACAGGCCAAUAUCAGUGAAGAUGCCAUAACAGAAUACAGAGACAAUAAAGAAAACUGGAAUAUAGAAUCUAUAGAAAUCAAUCCAGAGGGUGAAGGUGAAGACAAGAAGUAUUUUGAUACUCCAUUGCCUGAACCAUUCCAAGAACAAGUCCUUGCAGAAGAACCUUGUGAAGAGCCAUCAAUAGAGAUCACACAUUCUGAUGUGCUUCUAUUCGAAACUGCUAUUACCGAGGAACAAUCGUGUCCAAAAGAGGAAGAUGUGCAGUCAAACCUGUCAAUGCUCACUCAUGCAGAUUUCACAGAUGAAGUUUCUCUACACAGUCAUCCAGAGAGCCAGACCAACACUAACGACUCAGAUCUGGAAGAGACCAAUAGUUCUGAGGAUGAGUCUCCAAAUGCGAGCCAGUGUUCUCAGCUGCUUUCCCAGCAGCUAGACCAGGACAGUGCGACUACUGUGGAUGUAGUCUCAAACACUGAUCCAUUUGUCACAGGCCCUCUCUCAGGUGUGCUGAGAGAGGAGAGCUCUGAAGAUUAUAAUGCUCCUGAAGCAGAGGAAUUGGAGAACAAAGAGGAACAGCAAUAUGCAGUGGACAGUAGUAGUAGUGGAAUGGGUGAAAUUGCUGACAGCCUUCCACAAGAAUGGGAGAAUUUGGGCCAUGAAAUUACAAGUGCACCUCAUAGCAUUCUUAGCACUACAGAAGAAUUUGGUGAUGUGGAAAUGGAGAACCAAAAAGACAACAUGGACAUUUUCCAAGGAGAUGCUCUAAAAGAAGAAUGUCAGACUAAUGAAAAAGAAAAUGACCUUCACAGCUUCUUUAGUUCAAGCAUAAAGGAGGGCAUUUGGAGUGCAACAAAAUUUGAGAUGGCUGCUACAUAUGACCCAAAUGACCAAACAGAGACUGAAACAGAGAGGUACUCAUAUGACAGCAUUAAUUCAAACCAGACCACGGCCCUUGGGGAGGACUGGGGAGAUCUUGAAAGAUUACCACCAACCAACAACAAACCUGAGAAAGAUGUGGGCACCUCUAUAGCUCAAUCAGUGGAGGAGGAAGGGGAAGAGCAGAAGAUGCCACAGGUCAAACAGGUACAGUGCAGAGACGGGAAAGAUGGAGAGGAGGAGACUGUCCAUGCAGAGGAUUCCACUGAUGAAGGUGACUCCUGGUCUUCUGGUGAAGAGUAAAUCCAUUCUAUAAGCAUUACUCAUCUCACAAAUGUUCAACAACAUUACAUUUAUGGAUGUACUGCAGUGGCACAGAAUGGAAAGGAGAAAAGUGGGGUAAAACAGUGAGAAGUAUAAUUAUCGCAUAUUUGUGCCUUUGAAAUAAAAAAUGUCUUGUCUUGAUUGAUAAA